AUUGAUGGAGUUAAUUUUUUGUAAUUAACAUAUAUUCUUAUGAAUGUUGUAGAUCUGUAAUGCGGUUCUUGCUGCCCGAAUCAUGAACGCUACACUUGUGCUGCCUGAGUUGGACGCUAACUCGUUUUGGCAUGAUGACAGCGGUUUCCAGGGUAUCUAUGAUGUUGAGCAUUUUAUUCACACUCUGAGGUUUGAUGUACGAAUUGUGGAAAGCAUACCAGAAAUUCACAAAAAUGGGAAAAAGAAGAAAAUAAAAGCUUAUCAGCUUCGGCCACCUAGAGAUGCUCCUAUCAGUUGGUAUACAACAGAAGCUCUAAAAAAGAUGAAGGAACAUGGUGCUAUUUAUUUGACUCCCUUUUCCCAUCGUUUAGCUGAAGAAAUUGACAACCCUGAGUAUCAGCGACUGAGGUGCAGAGUUAACUAUCACGCUUUAAGGUUCAAGCCACAUAUUAUGAAGUUGAGCGAGUCAAUAGUCGAUAAACUUCGUGCUCAAGGUCAUUUCAUAUCGAUACAUCUUCGUUUUGAGAUGGAUAUGCUAGCGUUUGCUGGGUGCUUUGAUAUAUUUUCCCCGAAAGAGCAGGAAGUAUUGAAGAAGUAUCGAAAAGAAAAUUUUGCUGAAAAAAGACUUGUUUACAAAGAAAGAAGGGCCAUAGGAAAAUGCCCAUUAACUCCAGAAGAGGUUGGCCUUAUCCUACGUGCUAUGGGGUUUGAUAAUUCUACCAGGAUAUACCUAGCGGCUGGUGAACUAUUUGGUGGGGAGCGAUUCAUGAAACCAUUCAGAUCGCUGUUCCCUCACCUUGAGAAUCACAGUUCUGUGGAUUCCUCAGAGGAGCUAGCUGCUAACACCCAGGGAUUGAUAGGGUCCGCUGUAGAUUACAUGGUUUGUCUGCUCUCUGACAUUUUCAUGCCAACAUAUGAUGGACCUAGUAACUUUGCCAACAAUCUUCUGGGUCAUCGCCUCUAUUAUGGCUUCCGGACUACACUCAGACCUGACAGGAAAGGUCUUGCUCCAAUUUUCAUUGAUCGGGAGAAUGGGAGGACUUCUGGCUUUGAAGAAGCUGUUAGGCGUGUCAUGCUGAAAACCAACUUUGGUGGACCUCACAAGCGUGUCCCUCCAGAAUCUUUUUAUACAAAUUCCUGGCCUGAAUGUUUCUGUCAAAUGUCAGCACAGAACCCUGCUGACCAAUGCCCUCCAAAUAACGUGCUGGAUAUUUUAAGUAGCCAGUUGGAGAGUGAACUGACAAGUGACUUGCAAUCAAACCUGACAACAUCUGUUGCAUAAAGAUAAGAAUUUUCGUAUGCUCUUAGAAGUUGGUUUGCAAAUGGGUAAUGAGCCUGACCCAUGAAAAUGGAGAAAGGAAUGGUUUUAAUUGAUCUUCAAGACUCAUAUUAUCCGGGGACUGGAUCAAUGGCAUCAGUUAGACAAAUAAGGCAAUCUUCUACACUA